GUCAACUGUGUCCUCAUGACUAUGCCCAGCAACGAAAAAAUUGAACAAACAGAAACAAUAUUCACCACGAUCUACACGUUCGAAUCCUUUACAAAAAUGAUGGCUCGAGGAUUUAUUCUCGAACCAUUCACAUACCUUCGAGAUCCGUGGAAUUGGUUGGAUUUUGUUGUUAUAUCUCUAGCAUAUGUUACAAUGUUUGUUAAUUUGGGGAACCUGAGCGCCUUGCGUACCUUCCGCGUACUUAGAGCCUUGAAAACGGUAGCUAUAGUUCCAGGUCUGAAGACCAUCGUAGGAGCCGUGAUAGAGUCUGUGAAGAACCUCAGGGACGUGAUCAUUUUGACAAUGUUCUCACUGUCGGUAUUUGCCUUACUGGGGCUGCAAAUCUACAUGGGUGUACUCACUCAGAAAUGCGUGAUCAUUCCACCGGCCAACCUCUCCGAUGCGGAAUAUGCAAGUUUUAUUGGAAACGAAACAAACUGGGCCAUGGAUGAUGAUGGAAUGCAUCCUCUGUGCGGCAACUCAACUGGUGCAAAGCAAUGUCAAGAGGGAUACAUGUGUAUGCAGGGUAUAGGAGAAAACCCGGACUAUGGGUACACCAAUUUCGACACCUUUGGUUGGGCCUUUCUAUCUGCGUUCAGGCUUAUGACCCAAGAUUAUUGGGAAUCUUUAUAUCAAAUGGUGCUACGAUCGGCCGGCCCCUGGCACAUGUGUUUUUUCGUGGUGAUUAUCUUCCUGGGCUCCUUUUACCUUGUGAAUUUGAUUCUGGCCAUUGUAGCCAUGUCCUACGACGAAUUACAAAAGAAAGCUGAAGAAGAGGCGGAGGAGGACCGCCUUAUUGAAGAACAAAUGCGGGCCGUGAAAGAGGCCCGCGCCGAACUGGCAGCCGGCGGUGGCCGCCCCCACGACACGGGCAGCGGUGACGGCCAGCUGGUCAAGAGCCCGUCCGAGUUCUCGUGCAGGUCGUACGAACUCUUUGUCGGUCAGGACCGGGGCGCUGAGGAUCCCAAGGACCUCCGGGAGCGGGCGAGCAUUAGGAGCGCCGGGGUAGAAGGAGCCAGCCUGAGCCUACCCGGCUCGCCCUUUAACCUCCGAAGGGGCAGCCGUGGUAGUCAGCUGAGCGUGAGCUGGCGCAGUAACGGACGCCGCCUGGGCGAUCGCAAGCCCCUCGUCCUGCAGACUUACAGGGACGCGCAAGAACACCUGCCGUACGCCGACGACAGCAACGCCGUCACGCCCAUGUCCGAGGACAAUGGGGGUGCCAUCUUGCUGCCCAUGUACGCCAGCCUGGCGUCGCGACAUUCCAGCUACACCUCCCACUCGUCGCGCCUGUCGUACACCUCCCACGGAGCCGGUGACCUGUUCUGCCGGGGCGCCGGCGCUGGUGGCGCUGCGGGAGCACUCACCAAGGAGAGCCAGCUGCGCUCGCGCUCGCGAAACCUGCAAGGAUGCUACUACUACGAGGUCUCUCGGGCCUUUCUUAUCUCCUCUCUCUCUCGACUCUUUUCCAACUUUCUUUCCUAUAUAGAUGGCAGUCACACCGGACUUCAAGUUGAAUGGGACAUGCCUCUGGAUGGAGAGGAAUGCCUGGCUGUCAAGAAGCAACCAGACAACCCUUUUGUCGAGCCGUCGCAGAGGCAAGGCCUCGUAGACAUGAAAGAUGUGAUGGUGCUGAACGACAUCAUCGAGCAAGCCGCGGGGCGCCAGAGCAAGGCCAGCGAAAGAGGUGUGUCCAUCUAUUAUUUCCCCACAGAAAGGGAGGAGCAGGAGCGGCCCAAGUUCAAAGAGAAGUGCAUGGCCAAUUGCUUGAAGUGUAUAGACAUGUUCUGCGUGUGGGACUGCUGUUGGUACUGGAUCAGGAUCCAGGAGAUACUCGGACUCAUCGUGUUUGACCCUUUCAUGGAGCUCUUCAUCACUCUAUGCAUCGUGGUCAACACGCUCUUUAUGGCCAUGGAUCAUCACGACAUGGACAAAGACUUUGACAAUGUCCUCAAAAAGGGGAAUUACUUCUUCACCGCGACCUUCGCGAUAGAAGCUGCUAUGAAGUUGAUGGCCAUGAGUCCAAAAAACUACUUUCGCGAAGGCUGGAACAUCUUCGAUUUCCUCAUCGUCGCGCUCUCCCUGAUCGAACUAGGUUUGGAAAACGUCCAAGGAUUGUCUGUACUACGUUCAUUCCGUUUGCUACGUGUCUUCAAAUUGGCCAAGUCGUGGCCUACCCUGAACCUGCUCAUCUCUAUCAUGGGGAAAACCAUCGGUGCCCUGGGGAACCUGACUUUCGUCCUAGGAAUCAUCAUCUUCAUCUUUGCCGUAAUGGGAAUGCAACUCUUCGGGAAAAACUACGAGGAAAACAAGCACAAGUUCAAAGAGAACAUGGUGCCGCGGUGGAACUUCGUCGACUUCAUGCACUCAUUCAUGAUUGUGUUCCGGGUGCUGUGCGGGGAAUGGAUCCAGUCCAUGUGGGACUGCAUGUGGGUCUCCGGAUGGCCCUGCAUCCCUUUCUUCCUCGCCACCGUCGUCAUCGGCAACCUUGUGGUGCUCAACCUUUUCUUGGCCUUGCUACUGUCCUCGUUUGGGGCAUCCAACCUGUCCCAAGCGAACCCAGACAGUGGAGACACAAAGAAGCUUCAAGAAGCCAUCGACCGGUUCCAUCGAGCCAGCCGGUGGAUCAAGUCCAAUUCCAUGAAAGUGGUCAAGGUCUGCACCUUCCGGCGCAAACCGCGCAACCAGAUCGGGGACCAGACGACGGACAUCCGUGGAAGCAACGGCGCGGCAGGCGAAGAGCUGGAAGGUGACCCGGCCGGCGCCGGGGAGGUGGUCCUCCUCGACGGCCGGGUUCCGAUGCGAGACAAAAAGCCCCCGCACAACAACGCCGACCUCGAGGUUGUGGUGGGGGACGGCCUCGAGAUCGCCAUUCAAGGUGAUGGCAAGGCCGUUAAAAUGAAAUUGAAAAACAACUCCAAGCCUGUGAUGAACUCCGUCUGGGUUGGUCCUAUGAUCGAGCCCAAGAACAAGCCGCCCGAAAAAGAUAACAAAGAAAAGGAGAAAGAGGCGCAAGGGAACAAUAAGGUGUACCCGAGUAAGGACGAGGACACGAUGAGCGAGAGGUCUGCCUCCAGCCCCAAGGAGAAAAGCCUGCUGGUGAACAAGCCGUCCAAAGACCUUAGCAACACCUCCCUCUACCUGGGGAACGGGGGAGGAGGGGGCGAGGAGGAGAAGAAGGAUGCCAGCAAGGAAGACCUCGACGCCAAAGAAGGCGAAGAACCACCGGCCGAGGAAGCGGCCAACCCCGACACCGAAGACGUGGACACGGACAAGCUGGAGACGGCCACUUCGGACGUGAUAAUUCCGGAACUACCCGCCGACUGCUGUCCGGACUGCUGUUACACCCGGUUCGCGGCCUGCUGCUGCUACGACGAAAGCAAGCCCCUCUGGCUCAAGUAUAAGAUCGUGCGAACAAAGGUGUACGCCCUCGUCGAGAACAAGUACUUCGAGACGGUCGUGGUCAUCCUCAUUCUGACCAGCAGCCUGGCACUGGCCCUGGAGGAUGUGAACCUCAAGGACCGUCCUCUACUAAAGGCCGUGCUCACCUACAUGGACAAGACCUUCACGGUCAUCUUUUUCUUUGAGAUGCUUCUCAAAUGGGUGGCCUUUGGCUUCAAGAAAUACUUCACAAAUGCCUGGUGCUGGCUAGACUUUGUCAUCGUGCUGGUGUCCUUCUUUAACAUGGCCGUAUCUCUGAUGGGCUACGGACGCAUCCCUGCCUUUAAAACCAUGCGCACAUUGCGUGCGCUCAGACCACUGAGGGCGAUGUCGCGCCUGGAGGGCAUGCGCGUUGUAGUCAACGCCCUCGUCCAAGCCAUCCCGGCCAUCUUCAACGUGCUGCUGGUGUGCCUCAUCUUCUGGCUCAUCUUCUCCAUCAUGGGGGUCCAGAUGCUUGCGGGAAAGUUCUACCGCUGCGUCGACGGCAACGGCACGCGACUCAACAGCUCCUUCGUGCCCAACCGCCACUCGUGCGAGACCAACAACUUCACCUGGGACAACCCCAUGAUCAACUUCGACAACGUACUCAACGCUUACCUCGCCCUCUUCCAAGUGGCAACGUUCAAAGGCUGGACUGACAUCAUGGACAACGCCAUUGACUCAAGAGGAGGGAAAGAGGACCAGCCGGAAUACGAAGCAAACAUCUACAUGUACCUCUACUUCGUGUUCUUUAUCAUCUUCGGCUCCUUCUUUACACUAAAUCUAUUCAUCGGUGUGAUUAUCGACAAUUUCAACGAACAAAAAAAGAAGGCCGGAGGAUCUCUAGAAAUGUUCAUGACGGAAGAUCAGAAAAAGUACUACAACGCCAUGAAGAAAAUGGGCUCUAAAAAGCCGGCCAAGGCCAUCCCAAGGCCACGAUUCAAACUUCAGGCGAUGGUGUUCGACCUGACCACCAACAAGAUGUUCGACAUGGCCAUUAUGAUUUUCAUCGUUCUCAACAUGACCGUCAUGGCAAUGGACCACUACAAGCAGGAGAAGCUGUUCGAGUCCAUCCUAGAACGGCUCAACAUAUUCUUUAUUGCCGUGUUUACGGCCGAGUGCACCCUCAAGAUUUUCGCCCUGCGUUGGCACUACUUUAAGGAGCCAUGGAACAUGUUCGACUUUGUAGUUGUCAUUCUCUCAAUUCUAGGCACGGUGCUCAAGGACCUGAUAGCAACGUACUUCGUGUCACCCACGCUGCUGCGUGUGGUGCGCGUCGUCAAGGUGGGCCGCGUGCUGCGGCUGGUCAAGGGGGCACGGGGCAUCCGAACGCUCCUAUUUGCCCUCGCCAUGUCGCUGCCCGCGCUCUUCAACAUCUGCCUGUUGCUGUUCCUGGUGAUGUUCAUCUACGCCAUCUUCGGCAUGUCCUUCUUCAUGCACGUCAAGCACCGCUACGGCGUCGACGAGAACUUCAACUUUGAGACGUUCGGCCAAUCCAUGAUCCUGCUGUUCCAGAUGUGCACGUCCGCAGGCUGGGACGGCGUCUUAGCUGCCAUCAUGGACGAGAGGGAUUGCAAUCGCCCCACCGACGACAACGAGGGUAACUGCGGAAAACGGGGCAUAGCCGUGGCUUACCUCGUCUCCUACCUCAUCAUCAGCUUCCUCGUCAUCAUCAACAUGUACAUCGCCGUCAUCCUCGAGAAUUACAGUCAGGCCACCGAAGACGUUCAAGAGGGACUCACGGACGACGAUUACGACAUGUACUACGAGAUCUGGCAGCAGUUCGACCCCAAGGGCACCCAGUACGUCACGUACUCCAACCUGACCAACUUCGUCAACGCCCUGGAAGAGCCCCUCCAGAUCCCCAAGCCCAACAAGUACAAGCUCAUCGCCCUGGACAUCCCCAUUUGCAAGGGGGACAUGGUGUACUGCGUGGACAUCUUAGACGCGCUCACCAGAGACUUCUUUGCCCGAAAGGGCCAUGCCAUCGAGGAGCCCGUCGAGAUCACCGAGACGGUCAUCCACCUAGACAGGCCAGACUACGAGCCUGUCAGUUCGACGCUGUGGCGCCAGCGCGAAGAGUACUGUGCCCGUGUCAUUCAACGUGCCUGGCGACGCUACAAGGGCGGCGGCGACGUGGGUGACGAUGACCCCCGUGGUCCCGCCCAGCAACAGACGACCGCCAUCGUUGUCGAGAGUGACGGUCACGUGACUAGGAACGGGCAUCGAGUGGUGCUGCACUCGCGUUCGCCGAGCGUCGCCAGCCGCUCCACAGACGUGUGA